AUGGCAAUAUACAGCCUGAAAAAGAAAUGCAAUUCUGGCGUUUGUAAAGCAUGGAUAUUUUCUCUAAUUGUGAUGACAUGUCUUCACUUGGCUGCUGCUCAGUGUAGUUCCCCAGAAUGCAUUGAACGCUUAAAUUCCUUUGAUAACAAUAAGCAAAAAGAUAGAGAAGACAAAAAACCCAUACGGGCAACGAGCACAACCCCUGCCCCUGUACGCAUACAUUUUCCCGAUGAAAUGCAAAAUGUCAAAAUACCAUCGGAGCGUUUUGACGUCAAGCUGUAUCAGUUUAUGGCAAAUCCGGCAAGGGGCAAAAAUCUGUGUAUUUCCCCACUCUCUGUACAGGUGUUGUUAACAUUUCUUUCGACCGUCGCCGAAGGCAAGCUGUAUGACGAACUUAUACAACUUUUGAAUUUGCCCACAAAUCAAACAUUGGUGGCUCAAACCUACCAAAAGUUAACCAAGUUACCUACGGACACAAACGAUUCGAACACAAUCAUUCUGGGCAAUAAACUCUACUAUGAUGAACGCUAUGGUUUUCUGCGCCGAAAUGUUCGAAAUGAGGCUCAACGUAUCUACGCCACUGAUCUGGAAUCUGUCGACUUUCUAAUGCCCUCGAAGGCAGCCGACAAAAUUAAUUCUUGGGUUGCAGAUAAAACACACCAUCUCAUCGAGAACAUUGUUACCUCGGAUACGUUUAGAGCGAACACCAUGGCGCUGUUAGUUAACACUGUUUACUUCAAAAGCGAAUGGGACAAUAAGUUUGCGGUGUACGAUACAGCGAUGCGUCCAUUUUUUCUGAACGCUCGAACACAGAUAGAAGUUGAGACCAUGUACAUGGAGGAUAUAUUCCGUUAUGGUGAUUUUGAGCAACUAGGAGCCACAGUUUUGGAAUUACCUUAUAAACUUGAUGACUUCACUAUGAUGAUAAUAUUGCCAAAGAAUAUUGAAGGUUUGACCGAGGUCGAAAGACGUCUAUCGGAUAUAACUUUGAAAUUGAUUUCAUAUCGUUUGGAGCGGCGACAAGUUAUUGUAAAAAUACCGAAAUUUAAUAUUGAAUUUGAAGACGAUAUGAUUCCAAUAUUACAACAAUUGGGUCUACGUUCUCUCUUUAAUCGCGAUUCUCGGAUUAACAUAUUUAAACAUGAAUCGAAUCCAU